AUAGUCUGUAUUUCUCAUUCUUCAUUUGGUUUGUUUCUCUAGAUUUUGCCAUUUUCAAAGAAAGCUGAAGCCGGCCAUGGGGGAAGCAGUUGUCAGCAGCACGUUGGGAGAACUCUCCAGUCAGUUGAUUUCCUCCCUCUUUGGAGAGAUAAAACUUGUAUGUGGUGUCAACGGCGAAUUUCAGAGACUCGAUGAGUUGUUAUCUUCCCUCGAAUGUGCAAUCUUAGAUUCAGAAAUGCAACCGAGUAGGAGCAAUCAAGAACGUGACCGGUUGAAAAAGCUUGAAAAUCUUGUUGAAGAUAGCAAAUUAGUGGUUGAUGAUUUCCAGACAGAAGCUAAGAGACAGCGAGUGGAGAAUCGCUUUACAGAUAAGGUAACUCGCGUUUGCUCGCGCCCAAUUUUUCUAUAUAAGAUGUCCCACAGGAUUCAAAACAUUAGGAAGAGAUUGAAUGAUAUUGCUUCAAAUUCGGAAGCGUUAAAUUUCAUUGUGCCAGAUCAAAAUCCAUCACUUGUUCAUAAUAAUCUUUCGAGGGAAACCACUUCCUUUUUGGGUGAAUCAGCAGAUGUUUUUGGAAGAGACGAUGAUAAGGAACGAAUAGUUCAGGAACUUAUCGGAAACUCAAGCACAGAGAGACUCUCGGUGAUCCCCAUCGUGGGAAUGGGGGGUUUGGGUAAAACCACGCUUGCCCAGUUGGUAUUUGACGAUGUAAGAGUCAAACAGGUGUUCCAAAUGAGAAAAUGGGUUUACGUUCCAAAAAAUUUCGAGUUCCAUGAUAUGAUAAAACGUAUCUUUAGCAGUUUAGAUCUAUCAACAACUGCUUCUCUUCAAGAUUUGAAAGAUCUUCUCCAAGAAAAACUGACGGGGAAGAAAUUAUUGAUCAUGUUAGAUGAUCUAUGGAACGUAGAAUCUUUAGAAUGGGAUCAACUGAGAAAUCUUCUCCUGGUUGGUGAUGUAGGAAGUAAAGUCGUAGUAACAACACAAGAUGAAAACGUGGCGAGAAUGUUAACUAGCAUGCCUUAUAUCGACAGAUUAGAACUAUUAUCUGAAAAGGCAACCUGGGACGUCUUUAAGAGAUGGGCUUUUCGAAGUGGUAAAGAGUGGGAUCAUGAAAUUAUCAAAGAAAUUGAAAAGCUAGUAGUGGAAAAAUGUAGAGGAUUACCACUAGCAGCGAAGGCUUUGGGCAUGGCACUCUCGACGAAGGAGGUUGAUGAAUGGCUAUCGCUUUUGAAAGGUCGUGUAUGGGAAAUGGGGCAGGGCAAACAUUAUGUCACGCAGGUUAUAAGAUUUAGCUUCGAUCAGUUGCCAUCAUACAUGAAACGUUGCUUUCUUUAUUCUGCAGUACAUGGAUUUCAAUCUUUUUCCAAGGACGAUCUUAUACAGCAAUGGAUGGCGCUAGAUAUGAUUCCAGUUUCCGACAGUGAUCAGCUUGAAGACAAAGGGAAUGGAAUUGUUAACGAGUUAUCAGCCAGAUGCUUCUUUCAUAAUAUUAGGUAUGUUGAUUCACAAGAUAAUACUUCCUGUGACAUGCACAAUGCCGUCUUUGAAUUUGCAAGGUCUGCACCAGGCUCGAAAUUCAUAAAUUUAACAACGAAAAACAUUCCAGAGAUCACUCGUUAUGUUCAGCUAUGUGAUUCUUCUAACGUAAUACCCAAGUUCCCAAGGUCAUUGCUCAAACAGAACAAACUACAAACAUUCGUCUGGUCAUGUGGAAAUGUAAAUUCUUCAAGUCCUAUCCGUGAUAUUAGCCCGAUAUUUUCGAGUUUCCUGAGUUUGCGGACUUUGGAUUUUCUCGCUACCCAAUUUGAAGUGCUGCCUCGUACCAUCAAGAGAUUGAGGCAUCUAAGGUACUUUCGCAUGCACUCUAACAAUGAUAUAAAAGGACUCCCAAGUUCAAUCUGUAAACUCUACAAUCUUCAGACAUUGAGCCUGGCAGGGCUUGGGAAAUUAGAAAAGUUGCCUGAACAUUUGUGGAAACUUAUCAGUCUCAGACAUCUGUACAUCACCUCAAGGCAGAAUUCUUUACCAGAGAAGGGCAUAGGAUGCUUGACAUCUCUUAGAAAAUUGUCGAUAAACUGCAAAUUUUUGUCGUCCUUGCCAAACAGCUUCCAGGAACUCACUAACCUUGUAGAUUUAAGGAUUUGGGGCUGUCCAGAGCUUAGUUUUAGAGAAACGAGUCUUCAAAACCUUCGGAAUCUUCAACGAUUAAUCAUUUCUGAUGUUCCAAAACUAAGGGAAAUUCCGGGAGGACUUCAAGAUGCUGCUACAACACUCAAAUUCUUAAGUAUUUCCAUCUGUUCAGGUUUGACAGCAUUGCCAGAGUGGCUGGAGAAUUUCAAAUCACUUGAUGAAGUUCGCAUUAAGAAGUGCCCAAACUUGAUAUCUUUGCCACAAGGUAUGCAUCGUCUCACCACUCUAAGAGAACUUCACAUAAUUGAAGGGAGCCCUGAAUUGAUGAGAAGAUGCCAGCAAGGAACAGGUGAGGAUUGGCCCAAGAUAGCUCAUGUCCGGAAGAUUUUUCUCGGUUGAAAUCUCAUCACACGGCGGAGGAUCAAUAAUCUUGUAAUGAUAAAUAAAUAGCAAUUUUCGACAUUUGAAAGUCUUAAGAAGAGGAAAUUAGUAACCGUCCAAAAUAAAUAUGAUUCGUAAGCUUCCUACUGCAUGCACUCCAGCUGUGGCUACUUUGAUUUCAUAUUCCUAUGACAUAUAUCUAUGAACUGUAUUUGCUUA